AUGACAGGCAACAGCUUCACUGUCAACGCUCACGAGGACCAGACCUCCCGCGAAUACUUCGAGCACUCUAGUGCCCAGCGUGUCAACACCGACAUCGUCCUCGUACAGUCUCUUCGAACUCAGUACCCUGACCUUGACCUCAUUGUUGUGCCUGUCGGCAAUUGCAAUCUCAUCGCCUAUGCCUCUGCUGGCUUUGCAACGGCCACGCCCAUCCAAGACUCCACUAAAGACCCAGUCUAUGGUCCAGCCCUGUCAUGGCGGUCUUACAUUCCUCCUGCUCGCCGCCUUGAUAGCUCUUCUGGCGUCAUGGCUGAGCGUGUCAUUUUUGGAAAAUACCUGUACAAAUGGGGCAACACCGAAUUCAUUCUGUAUAUUGCGAAUGGUAGAGACGGCACGGCCUCUUAUCCGGAAAUCACGAUCCAUUACAUCCUCACACGAGAGAACCACAAGGUCGAUGACUUACUGAAACAAGCAACCAGCUGGGGAGUCGAGCUGCAUAACGAGGUCUGGGUGUUUGAUCAGGGGUAUUGGCAGAAGAGCCGAGAGCUGUGGGAAUCGGUACAAAAGAGCCAUUGGGAGGACGUGAUUCUCGAUGAAGACAUGAAGAAGUCUCUUAUUUCCGAUGUGGAGAACUUCUUCGAUGGACGCUCGACAUACCAGAAUCUAAAAGUCCCAUGGAAACGCGGCAUCAUCUACUACGGGCCACCUGGAAAUGGCAAAACCAUCUCCAUCAAAGCCAUGAUGCACUCGCUCUACCAACGAGGCACCACAAACUCCAAAAUGACUGUCCCCACACUCUACGUCCGCACCCUCGCCUCCUUUGGCGGUCCGGAAUACAGCCUUCGUGCCAUCUUCGCCAAAGCCCGCGAGGUCGCUCCCUGUUACCUCGUCUUUGAAGACCUGGACAGCAUCGUCGACGACCGUGUACGCUCCUACUUCCUCAAUGAAGUCGACGGCCUCAAAUCCAAUGACGGCAUCCUGAUGGUGGGUUCCACAAACCACCUCGACAGACUCGACCCCGGUAUCGCAAAGCGUCCCAGUCGCUUCGAUCGUAAAUAUUACUUUCCGGAUCCGGACUUUGCGCAGAGAGUACAGUACGCUCAGUUCUGGCAGAGAAAACUCAGGCAUAACGAGGAGAUUGAGUUCCCGGAUGAUAUGUGUCCCGCGGUAGCGAAGAUUACGGACAAAUUCUCAUUUGCGUAUAUGCAGGAGGCCUUUGUUGCGGCACUCUUGGCUAUUGCUGCGCGCUCCGGCCAAGGUUUGGAUCAGCUGAAGUGGUCUGGGCCGCAAGAGUUACUUCCUACGGGUGACGAACUGUCGGAGUUCCUUGGGAAAACUACACUUAACCAUAACGGAUAUGUAGACGAAGACCCCGCGCUUGGGAAACUAGUGCUUUGGCAGGAACUCAAGAAACAAGUCCGUAUCCUGCGUGAGGAGAUGGACGGGGAGAGUAGUUCGAGAGUAACUUAA